GGUACUGAAGAUUGAUCCCUAAAAUUGUCUUUGCGUUUGCUUUCAGCCUGAGUAUCUAUUUGUUUUAAAUAGUUUUAUUAAAAAUUACAAGAAAACUGUUGUAGAUGUGUGAAUUUCUCUUAUAAGCUUAUAAUUUUGAAGUGUAUUUAUUUAUUUCAAACAUGCUUCCAUCAACAGGCUAUUUUAAUGGCAUAAACUGUCCGUUCUACAAUACAGGUUUAUGUGAUCGGCCCUAUUGCCAUUUUCGUCACGUUAGAAAAGAAGCACAAAAUAUAAACGGUGAUGGCGUUGUACAUGGAGAGAAACUGCAAAAACUAGUUUCAGCAGCAGUCCAAAAAGUUCUGAAACAAACCGAGUGUAAAGCUACGUCGUCCUCUAAAGACAACCCAAAUACUAACCAGUUAACGCAUAGUAAAGCGACAUAUAACCCAACACCAAUAUCAGAAUUAAAUAAAAAUAAUAGUGAAUCAGAAACACAAGAGAAUUCGGAUCAAAGACGCAGACAUAUUCCAGUUCCUUAUACACCUCGAAAGCCCUCUUCUUUGCAAAUAAAAAGGCCUGUAGACACUCUUGGUUCAAAGCUUUAUGUUGCACCUGUUCAAUAUACACCAGGUGCUGAGAGUGCGCAGCUUGAUACCUAUUCACCAAUUGGCUCUGUAAAAGAGUCAAAUGAGAAAUAUAAACCGGGCACAGAGACUAAAAUACAAGAAUAUACAAUAAGUGGAUCACAAAGUUCUAGUAUGAACUAUGUCCCAUCUGAUAAAUAUACCAGUAAGAAAAGAAUUAUUGAGUAUAAACCAGCAGUUGUUUCUAAAAAGGUUGAUUUUCCAAGUGUUAAAUACCAGCCUACACCUAAGAACUUAGUUCCCUGUUUUUCAAGUGAUGAGGAUGAGCCACCAACAAAAAAACAAAAGACAUCAAAUGAUCUGAAUGGUUUUGAUGAUUUGGGUCCAGAGUUUGAUAUCCUAGAUCAGAUAUUGGAUGAUGAAGAAAUUGAAAACGAAGAAAUGAGAGCAGAUCAAUUGCUAACUAAAAAAGAGGAAGUUGUAAAAUUAGAACAACUUGAAAAAAAAUGUGAUAAAGUUCAACCCAAAAGUGAUAAAGAAUAUUCAGAGUCUGAAGCAGAUAGAAAGAAAGAAAGUGUUAAAAAACAAUUACAUGAAAAAGAUAGUAAAGAUUCUAUAGCUGAGAAUUGUAAAAAACAUAAAGAUCAUGAAAAGACAAGGUCCCAGUCAAGCAGUAAAAGUUCACACCGGGAACAAAAUAAGCAUUCAAAAGACCCUGAUCGAAAAUCAAACCAUAAAAGUAGUAAAACAGAUAAAACAAAAGAAAGUUCUAAUAAAUAUGAUAAAAAAUCACACUCAAGUUCAAAAGUUACAGAUCAUCAUUCUAAGUCAUCUGACUCAAAAAAAAAUACAUCAUCACAUACAACUAGAGAUUCAAAGAGCUCAAAAACUAGAAAAGAAGACAAAAAGAAAAAACAUGAUACUCACAGUAAAUCUCAUAAAAAAACAAAACAUGAGAAGAAAAAGAAAGAAGAUAAUAAAUCAGAAACCAUUUCUGAUUGUGAUCAGAAUAUGUCUGAUAAUAUGGAAUUACAGGAUGAAGAAUUACUAUCAGAGCUUGAUGACGAAGAUAUAGCUGAAGAAUGCAAGCGAAUUUUUGAAGAAUAUGUACCAGAACCCAAAGCAAAAAUUCCCGAAGAGAAUACCAAUACCCAGGAAAUUGCAUCUGACGAAGAAUAUAUUCCUACAAAAAAGAGGAUAUCACGUGCAAUUGACAAAGAUAUUAAAGUAAUACCUAAACCUACUGUAAAACCCAAUUUCAAAGUCAGUGCAGCUCAAGCAAUGGCAGAACGAUUGGUUAAAAUUAAACAGUUUCAUGCAAACAAAAAUAUUGCAGAGCAAACCCCAACAAUAAGUAAUACUGUAAAAACAGAAAGCUCGAAAUUGUUAUCUGGACCAGGAAACACCAAGAUUCGCAUAGCCCAUGUACCAUAUGCUUCUACAAUGUUAACCGCAAAGAGAUCAAUUUCUACUGUUAAUACUAUUAGAAAUGAACCAUCAACAAGCAUACCAUCAACAAGUAUGCCAUCUACAACAAUACAGACUGUAAAAAAAGGAUCACAAAGAGUUGCACAUGUACCAAAUGACAAAUUUAUUGAUAGGCCAGGUGUAUUGGAACCUUUGGGGUCAAAAAUUCCAGCAAAUAUCAGAUCCACCUAUUUAAAUUUAAUGAUAGACCAAUGUUUGAAGAUUUAUUCAUCACCAACUGAUGCCUAUGCAAGAGCACAGCAUGAAGAGUUAACAACUAGUAAGAAAUGCAACACAGUACCAAUUUAUAAAAAUUCAUCUGUGUUAGCUAUAAGUAGGUUAAAAAAAGAACUACAGGAGUGUAAUGGUGUUAAGAAGUCUGGGCCCGAUUGCUCCGCUGCACUCAAAACCCCUAAUAGUAAUACUGGCGCUGUGAGUGGUUCAUGGAGUAUUGAAAACAGAGGCAAGAAAAAUUAUGAUGACUGUAAACAGUAUUCUGGUGCAAAAUUCUAUAAUAAUAUAAAGAAAUGGAUUUUGAAUGAAGAUGAUUUACAGAACAAUGGCUUUCCAAGGGUCCAUAGUUCAGGAGAAAAGGGCAGGGCUAUUAUAUAUGGACAAAAUAAGCAAACACCUCCCAAAGGCUUCAUCAGAACUUGUUGUAGGUGUAAGAAAGAAUAUACUAUUGAUAAGAAAGGUUUUCCUUCUAUUAAAGAAGACUGUAUAUAUCAUCCAAACAAAAAAUAUAGGUAUCGAGGUGAAGUUAAAUACCAAUGUUGCAGCCAAGAUGGCACUUCAGACGGAUGCUGUAUAGCUUCCACUCAUGUAUAUGAAUACACAGAUUUUGAUAAUCUUAAAGGCUAUAUAAAAACGAUGCCUCCAGAGCGAGAAAUGGAGGACUAUGGCGUUUAUGCUUUAGACUGUGAAAUGUGUUACACAACACAUGGCUUAGAUUUGACAAGGGUAACAGUAAUUAAUUCAGAGUGUAAGGUGAUUUACGAAACCCUUAUAAAGCCUUUACAUCCAAUAGUAGACUAUAAUACUCGAUAUUCGGGAAUAACUGAAGAACAAAUGAUGAAUGUGAGAACAACACUACUUGAAGUGCAGGCCACUUUAUUAGCUAUGUUUAACAGUAGAACAAUAUUAAUAGGGCACAGCUUGGAAUCAGAUUUUAAGGCUCUAAAAUUAAUUCACGAUACUGUCAUAGAUACUAGUGUGUUAUUCCCUCAUAAAAUGGGUCCUCCUUAUAAGAGAGCCUUAAGAAAUUUAUCAUCUGAAUAUUUAAAGAAAAUAAUUCAAAAUUCUGUUGACGGCCAUGACAGUGCGGAAGAUGCAACAGUCUGUAUGCAGCUUAUACAUUAUAAACUAAGAGAAGAUCUUAAAACCAGGUGAUAAUUGCACACAUUAAAGUAUUAUUAUUAUAAUUAAUAAUAAUAGUCUAUUAGUUAAAUAGACUUAGGGUUAAUAUUAAAAAAAAAGAACUGAUUAUCAAUAAUUUUAAAUAUGUAUUUAUAUUUCAUUACUCUUUAGUUUAACUUUUUCAUAUUCAUAAGUUAUUAUUAUGUUUUUUAUUAAAGCAAUAAUAUUCAUAAAAAUAUCGAUGUACCAUACCAUACCUGUCAAGAAAAUGUUAAAUAUAGCCUUCAAUUUUAGAUAAUUUAUACAUCUAUAAUCUAAAUAAAGCCUCUUAUUCUUAGAAAACAGGCCAUUUUGGUUACAUUACUUUAGGUGUGUGACUUGUCAUAUACACUCACAAUAUUUAUGUCACUUUAGUAUGUGUGUGUUGUUGAAAAUAGAGGUUAACAGUUCACCUUUUUUUUGACAUGUUCACAGCUGUCACAGUCUAUCUAGAUUCUGGAUAUAGGUAUAAAUUAUCUAAGCUUACCAUUUAGCCGUCCAAAGAUGUUGUUUUAUCAUAAUUUUAUUCUAUAGUAACUAAUUCAAAAUAUUAUUAAAUGCUUAGGAACACCAGAUAUCCACCAUUUUUUGGCUUAACAAAUACUGUAUCAUAAUAUAUAUGCCUAGUUCUAAGCAUAGAUUUUUAAAGAUGUAAAAGCAAUGUUUUAGAGGUUUUCACUAAUUUAAUAAAUAUUUUUUUUU